AUGCAAGCACUACGACCAACGCUCGCACUCCGACGCCAACUCCCUCGCGCCUUCAAAGUCACGAAGCCUCUCGUCUCUUCGAUUCACACGCCAAGCAACCUAUCCACAAUGUCCAUGUUCCCGCGCUUCACUCAGGAGUUCUCUCCUCUCUUCCGCCUCCUUGACGACUACGACCGCGUGUCUCGCAGUGCCCCCUUCCCCCAGGGUGCUCAGAGCCUGAGGUCCUUCACCCCCAAGUUCGAUGUCGUAGAGAAGAAGGAGAACUACGAGCUUCACGGCGAGCUUCCCGGCAUCGCCCAGGAAAACAUCAACAUCGAGUGGUCCGACUCCAACACCCUGACCAUCUCCGGCCGCGUAGAGCACCGCUCCGAGCGCGGCGAGCGUCCUCGCGGAUACAUCGAGGGCGAGGAGCACAACGAACCACACUACCAGAAGCCCUCGGUCGAGGACGACCAGCCCACCGGAGAGACCAGCCAGGAGGUCACCAAGACCAACCAGGACAAGGAGGUCGGCAAGCCCGCUGAUGGAGCCAAGUAUUGGGUCAGCGAGCGCUCCGUCGGCGAAUUCCACCGCUCAUUCAGCUUCCCCGGCCGCGUCGACCAAGACAGCGUCAAGGCCAGCCUGAAGGACGGCAUCCUCUCCAUCCUCGUUCCGAAGGCACAGGCCCCCAAGGCUCGCAAGAUCAACAUCGAGUAA